UUGCAGGAUGGCAAGGCACAUGUGAAGACCAUUAUGGCAAAGUUUAAUAACAACCCAGCGGAGGAUGUUCACUGCCAUCAGGUCAGAGCUGGGGGGCACCCUCCUUUGGUUAAAAAGGCAGCAUUUGAGAAGUUUGCUCAGCUUGAAAAUGCUGGCUUGCCUCCCAAACCCAGCAGCUUUUACAAGCCUGCAUCGCUUAAAUCACCUUCGAGCACAAAACUGCUUCAUGAUGCAUCAAGCAAGGAUUUUAAAGCACCUCCUUUGCAAAGCAGCCCUGUGGCCAGCAAGGUGAAGAUGCUAGCUCAGGCUGCUAGCCGAGAAGCUAAUGAAAGGGCGAGCUGCCCUAAGCCUUUGGCUUCCAAGACUUCUGAAGGACUAAGAGAGGAAGCCAAGCCAGUGUUCCCAAAGGCUCCUGAGAAGAAGCUGCCUGGCUCUCCUGCUCAGAAAAAUGAACUGAAGCCUUUAGAUCAGAGAUUCUUCAAACCUGAACCCCAAGGAAGUGAGGCAAAGCCUGUCUUUCCCACCGUCGCUGGAGUUAAAGAAAAAUUCACCAGCGCUGCACAGGAAAACAACCCCAAGCCUCCUUUUCCAAAACCGUCUAUUAGCCAAAAACCAAGUCAAAGUUUCAUCCAAGGUGAAGAAGCUUCCAACAAAAGUCCUUGUUUUAAUCAGGUGCCACCAGGUUCCAUGGGCCUCAAGCCGAAAGUGGGCUCCAUCCGACCCCUCAAAGAUCCACAGGACAAGAGCAGAAAUGAAACUAAUCCCAUCAGCCCUUUCCCACCUUUGAAACCUGUCAGUAACCAGAACAACCUGCCUCAAAUCCUUCCCAAACCUGUUGGGCAGCAGAAUGAAGAGGCAAAACCAAGAUACGUCAAGACUGUUUUCCAACACAACAAACAAGAGGAUUCUGGAUCUACUUCUGGUACAACUGCUGCUAAAUUGGCCAAUUCAUCCAGAACAGUUACGGCAGGACCUUGGGCCAAUAACACUGGAAAAGAAGAGAAAGACAAAAAUUUGCCCAGACGAAAAACACUACCUCCACCAGUUACAUUGGGACCAGCCCCACAGAAACCUAACAGGCCUCCAACAGUUGACCUGGAAAAAUUCAGGAAAAAUCAUGGCGCAGGCUCCAACACACCCCAUUCAGGGGGUUUGCCUCCUCCACUUCCACCACCCUUUCCUGCCACACAGCCUGCAGAUGUACUACCUUCUCCACCUCCACCUCCUCCUCCAGGUUUCCAUCCAUCAACACAAACUCCUGUUCUCCCACCAAGAGUGAACAUCCCAUCCAGGUCUGAUUUCAGAGGCCAAGAAAAUGAAGAAAAUUAUGAUGAUGUUGGAUUCGGUUCAGAAGGUACUGGAAAUGCAGAUGAAAACAGUGAUGGAGAAAUGUAUGAAGACAUAAAUGAUAUGAGACUUACACAAGAUGAUAAAAAGAAAGAGAAGGAGGAAAAGAAAAAAUCUGAUCAAAAGAAAGAGCAAAAGGAUAAGGAUAAAAAGGAGCAAGAACUCAGAAAGAAGUUCAAGCUAGAGGGUCCCAUUGAAAUUCUUCACCUGGCACGAGCUUCCACAGACUUUAAGGGAGGAAAGUAUGACCUAACAUUCAGACAAGGAGAUCAAAUUGAAAUACUCCGCAUCACAGACAAUCCAGAAGGGAAAUGGUUGGGAAGAUUAAAUGGCUCCUAUGGCUACAUUAAAACUACCAUGGUAGCAAUUGACUAUGAUUCAUUAAAGAAGAAGCCACGGAUUCCCAUCAAUGUUCAGUCAAAGCACCAAGACAGUGAUCAAGAAGUGUAUGAUGAUGUUGGAGACCAGGACAGUAUUAGCAGUGGAAGUCAAAGUGCCACGGGAGGGUUUCCACCUCCUCCACCCGAUGACAUUUAUGAUGGUGUAGAAGAUGAUGAAGCUCCAACAAAGUCUGUGUCACAGGAUGAAGAGAAGAGUGACACCUGGUCCAAGGGGCUUUUGAAGAUUUUAAAGGGAAAAGAUUACCAAAAGAAAAGUAUGCGAGAAACAGCACCCAAAGUGAAUGUGACUGAAGAUGAAAGUUCCUUAGGGAAACCUUCAGCAAAACAAACAGGGAAGGAUUCCGGAGACAGUGAUGUCUAUGAUGAUGUUGAAUCAACUGACUUCCCUCCACCACCAAAAGAAAUUAGCCUAGGGGUACAUAUAAAGUCUUUGAACUUUGGGAGGAGCAAAUUCAGUGAACGUGAUUCACAGAAGCUUAAGAAGAUUGACAAAGAAGAGAGAGAUUUUCGAAAAAAAUUCAAAUAUGAAGGCGAUAUCCAAGUUCUGUAUACUAUCACCAUAUCUAGAGCACCAUCCCCCAAGAAAAGAGGUUCCAAAGAUUUGCAAGUCAAGCCAGGAGAACUGGUUGAGGUUAUUAAAAAUGUGGAUGAUACUAAAGUCCUCUGUAGGAAUGAAGAAGGAAAAUAUGGCUAUGUCCAAAGAAGCUGCAUAGCAUGCGAAGAUGAAGAAAUAUAUGAUGAUAUUGCAGAUGACUGCUUAUAUGACAAUGAUUAGCUCCAGGCCUCAUCUCAGCACAAUCUUCACCUUCUCUGAUUGGUGGAUACAAGAGAGAAAGUCAUUACUCACACUCAGGAUUUAUGUGUAUGUACAAAAGAUUUGGUUAAGCUAUUCCACCAGUUUCUGGACUGUGAAGCGUGUUUUAUCACAGAAGCAUGAUAACAUUACACAAAUAUGCUCUUGACUGCAACCAUCAGCCAAAUCUUCAGAUCAGGACGUCGUUAAAUCAUUGGGGGUAACGUGCCAGUUUUCUUUUGCAAAUCCCCCAACACAAUCCAGAAUAUUCUCUGUAGCAUGCUAGAGAUGAAAUCAGCAACCCUUAUUUGCACAUAUAAUACCCCUUGUCGUAUUCAUAUAAUGGGCUGUGGGAAUGUCCCAACAUGCCCACAGACAUGAUCCCUCUACUUCAUCUUUUGUAUGUUAUUUUUAUCUCCCUGCAGUACACAGAAUCAUAGAGAUGGAAGCAGCCAUUUAGUCCAACUUGCUUCAACUCACUAUAAAGUUUGUCCUACUAUUCAGGCAGAAUCUGCUUUCCUGUGACUCAGAAAUAGGCAACCCAUAUCCUAGGGCUGUGCUUCUGAAAUUCAGUCUGAAAAUGGCUGGAUUUCAGCAGCAGGAUUUCAACUUGUUUUUCAGAUUUGGGAUGGUUUUAAGGAUGGAAAUGGAAAGGGUUUAUCUCCAGGAGGACUCGUCUUCCCAUCUCCACCCUUAAAAUCCACCAAAAGCUGAAGAAUCAGCCAUGCCUCCUCUGGUGAUGUCACAUCACUGAAUGGCCUCCUGUGGAUCUUUGGAAAAUUGAGGUGUGGCCAUUCACCCUUCAAACAUUGUUCAUCUCUGUCUAUAAGUUAAGGCUGUUAUUCCAUUGUUUGCUGGGAUGGUAGAGAGCAGAAGUUCUUCAGCUGAGCAUCCCUUCAAGUACUUGAAGAGUAGUAUCAUUUUCCCCCAGUCCUCUCACAGACUCUCAAAACUAUGAAAGUCCCUUCAAAAUGUUUGUUGUCCUUUUCUUCACCUAUCUGGGUUUCUAUCUUUCUUAAAAAGUGAUUCUCAGAACUGGAUAGAAUGCACAAAGUUUGGUCUGACCAAUGCCGAAUAUAAUGAAACCACCAGUUCCUUCCUUUUGGACAGUCUAGUUCUACAGAUGCAGCCUAACAUUACAUUAGAUUAUUUUUUAUGUAUUCUUAGAAAACCAAUUAUUCCCCAUUCUAUACUUAUGCACUUGAUAUUUUUUCCCUAAGUAACGAGUUUUGUACUUAUAUCAAUUAAAUGUCCUUCUUUAUUUUCAGUUUACAUCCUGCCCUGAAUUAUAAAACAGGAUACAUUAAUUAGCAAUUUUGCUGUGUUAUCUCACCAAUACUGAUAGUAUAAUAAAUUUAGUUACAGAUAUCUGGUAUAAGCUAUGACUAUACGUAUCAUACUGUCAUUGAGCAAAUGUCAGUAAUUGUGUAUUAUGUAUCAUUCACAUGGUGUAUCUGAGGUAAGUAACAUAAUUUAUGUAAUUUGUCUUGUGCAUUGUCAUUUGUUGUGCUGUCGUUUGUGAUAUCAUGUGACAUCACUUGCCCUCCAUGGAUGUCUAUGGCUUCACUUCAAAUGCAGUCGUCAUGAUGAUCCUGAGAAAAGAUGUAGCUCCUUUAAUGAGCUUCUGGCCAAUCAUGCAUUCUUGCUCCUGUACUAUCCCAAAGAGAUUUUUGGAACUAAAUCUUCAUCAUUGCACACAUAUACAGUACAUACCUGGGUAGAUUACUGAUUUUCUAAAAAUAAAAAUAGUAAUUAAAUAAUAAUAAUGAUAAUUAACUUCUAUUAGAUAAGGAAAAUGUGAAUGAAACAGCCUUGGCCAUUUUUGUUUUGUAUCUCUUGUCUGCAAGGGCAUUGGAUACAUGCAUGUUAAUAUGUAAAAAAUAAUAAUCUGAGAAGUAAUACAAGAUCCAUCUAGACACUUACCUGGUUCCACAGUUAUCAAGCUAAUGUCUAUAGGAAGCAUUCCAGCAGGAUAUCAGGGUCUUAGAAACCAGUUUAUGUUCUUCAGGAAUUAGUAUGAAGAGGCAAUCUGCCUCCAGCAUAGGAGGUAGGCUCAUCAUGAUUAGUUGUUAAUGGUAUUUUUAACUUCCACAUUUUUUUCUAACUCUUUUUCAAAGCAAGUUCAUGGUAAUUACCCACAUUUUUGUUUUGAAAUGGUAAUUACCCACAUUUUUGUUUUUUAAAAAAGAGAAUUGCUAUCACAAAAAGUAAUUAAAAAUGUUUUUCUCUCUUCUGAAUUUCCUGACUUUUCAGAUAUAUUUGGGGUCCUUCUCUAUCAUGUCUACCUUUUUCUUCUCAACCCCAAAUCCUCAAACAUAAUAUUUUCUUGGGGGAAAAAAAGGUACUCUGACCCUUUGAUCAUUUUAGCUACCAUUUUAUGGGCCUUUUCCAGUUGUACAAUAACAUUUUAAAGUUGUAACCAGAGCUAUGCACAGUGUUCUAACAGAGUGUCUCCUGAAUUCAAGCCAGUCAUAACUAUUCCCCUACCCUCCCCCUGAAAACAUUCAGCACCCUAUUCCUGGAGCUGGUCUCUUCUUUUACGUCUAAAACAUUUUUUAAAACUUACCUGCUCGAUUGCCCCAGUCCAACUGCUACUGGGGAAAGCACCCAACCGCAAAAUUGCCAGUGUUACUAUCACUUUAUCUUCACACCCCACAGGUGUGUCUUUAAAUGUAAUAGAGGAAUGGCAGUAAAGCACCUGGGAAAACCUGGGAGAAGUUCAGUGCUUUCCUUUCUAUUUUUUAUAAUCGACAUUCCCUCACAUAGCUGUCCAUGAUAGCAAAUUAUCAGAAAAAUGGACAUAAAUACAUGUACUGAAAAACAUGGAGGGGGGAUAGUGAAGCUGAGGCUCAAAGGUAUUUGUAACUCUGCCACCAGACAGCUGAGAAAAUGGGGUGCUUGUUGAUAUCCUUUGCCCCCUCCAAUAUAGGUAGUCCUCGCUUAAGAACCAUUUGUUUAAAGAUGGUAAGAUGGUUUGGAGUUAUGACAGGGCUAAAAUAAGUUAUUUACAACCUGUCCUUAAAGUUAUGACUGUUGCACAACCUCUGCAGUCACAUGGCCACGAUUUGGGCACUUGGCAAUCAGCUUGCAUUUACAACCGUUUGGAUUUUCUCAUGGUCACGUGAUUGUGAUUUGCAACCUUCCCAGCUGGCUUCCAAUCCUCAAAAAUCAAUUGAAAACAAUUGAUUCACUUUACAACUGUCACAAUUCACGUUACAACCACAUGAUCUGCUUUACGGCCAUGGUGACUUUCUUUACAACUGCUGCAAAAAUGAUCAUAAAAUCAGGUCAGGUAAUGUGGUGCCUUGCUUAAUGACCACAUUGCUUAGCUAUCAAAAAUCAAGUCCCUAUUGUGGUCAUUAAGCGAGGACUACCUGUACUCUUGGUAAGCUGGAGGAAACAGGGUCAGCACUAAUUGGCUGGUGGUGUUUCUAUGUGUCCUCUAUAUUCUGAGGUCAAGAGAAGUGAAGAUGGUUGCAGGUUGGAUUCAAAGUGAUUUCUGAGGACUCAGGGUUGGAAAUAGUUGUAGCACAGAAGUGCCUUGUGCAAGCUUUUUUUUCCUUUCACAAAAUCUUUCUCUCCUCCCCUUUCUCUCACACACAAUUUACACACUUUCUACCUAUUUUUCUAACAGAGACAGUGUAACAACCAGUCAGUAGUUUUUUAGAUCCUUAGAUCCCCUUUAAAAGAUUGCCAUAAAUAUGUACCACUUCCUAGACUUGUACACAAACACCAAAUCUUGAAUAAACAUUGUUAGAAUAUUAAGAAUGUCACCAUUGAAUUCUUAAUGAUCCAUUAAUGACCCUGUGAUUUGUUUUUGCUUUGUAAAUAAGAGCAAGAAUUUUGCCUCUUGUCACUACACUUCACCUUGUUUUCUCACUCUCUUCCUAAAAACAGAAGUUCAGGCCCAACAUCAUCUGCAAUGAAAAAAUUAACUGAGCUUCUCUUCAACCUCGUUCUCUAAUUUUCUCAUCAUCUAACAGUUUAACCGCUUUUCUCAUACAUUGCUUGCUGAUCUACUCAAAUCAAGGUCUUAGUAUUAUUGGCCACAUGCUUCUUACCUCCUUUGGUUCCUCUUCAUUUUCAUUUGGACAAGACUUCUAUUUUUUUUGAAUGGGCAAAACAGAGACACAUUUUCUGAGAGCAGAAAGGCUGCAGAAUACAAGGACUGAAACCAACCAACCACAUUCCAGAUGCCCUGUCAAACCAUUCCAGGAGGCCCUUGUUUCAGCACAAACAAAAUGUGUAAGUUUUUGUUGUUCUGGGGUUUAAGCUGAAACAAAAGGGAUCCCAGAGUACUUUUACGGAGUGAGUGGGACAAGACUGGCAUGUGUCAGCCCCUCUUUCCCCUCAGCAGCUCCCAGAAUGGCAUACUGUAAAGAAUGACAUUGGCAAGGCAGAAACCAGCACAGAGAGAACCCUUGUGACGCCACUGAGCAGGUGCCUCCCAAUCUCAGGGCCGUGAAGAAAACGGUAUAUGCAAAUAAUUACAGUAUAUGAAGACCUGCAAUAACGUGCUCCUCCUCUUUCCAUUUCAUCUCCCUACCCAACCUCCCCAAUUAAGAAAAACAGCAAGCACUUGGACAGGUUAGACACAGUACCGUGACUGGAUGGCCUCUGUGUUUUAGAAUGUAGAAUAAAGUAUUUCAUCACAUAUUUCAGUCUUCUAUCACAAUACAUGAACAUAGUCCCAAGUCAUGUUUCUUGUCUGAUAUCUUUUUGAAGAUUAGAUAAAAGUGGUUUCCACCUAAUGAUCCUCUGACAGUCACCCUACUAGAAGUGGCAAAGAAUCCUCCUUAAAUGGGGGGAAAAGACUGUUUUAAUAGAAAAAAUAUGGAAGUGUGCGCAUAUACACGGACAGCCUGGCACAAUGUUUAGAGAGAGCACUGAUUACAGGAGAAAUAAACCAGGGAUAUUAGGCUUCAGCUUGUGAUCCACAACAUUGUCACUCAUAGGGCAACCCUACAUAGCUGCAGUUCUAGCUAAGGAAUCCUGACGCAUAAAUGACUCCAAUCUGCAGAGUUGUUUCCUUACCAUACAAAUAGACAUGUGAAAACCUUUAGCGUAACAGACAGAAUAUGACUUGCACAGAGAAUUUAUUUGGUAAAGUUAUAAUGGCAAUUGCUUGGUAAAACUUGUUUCAUUUUUUUUUUAAAUGAACAAUAGUUAAUGUAAUUUAUGCAUUGUUCAACGUUUUCUUUUGUGCUCAGAUUUUAGCCUUGGAACU